GCCAUCUUUGAGAGCAAGACCUAGUGAAAUCUAUGGCUUGCGAAAGAAAAUGUAUAUAAUUUAGGUUUAUGUAUAAAUUAAGUGAUUUGAAACAAUAAUCCAUGUCUCACAGUACAUACAACCGACAAUGGGCCGAGGCCCAGUCGGCCAUUGCAGACCUGAUUCAGGUGGAAAUGCCAGAGGAACCACCAAAACCGGAGAAGGAUCGGUUGGCAGCAUUCCAACUUCUGGCCACAAUGUACAUCAAGUACAUCCAGAUCUUCCGCAGGCUGGAAGAGAGUUACGACCAGAUUGUGCAUCCACAGAAGCGGCGUGUGCUUCGCCAUGUGCUGGAUGGUGUGAUAGGAAGGAUACUGGAGUUGAAAAAUGAGAUGAUCAACUUGGAAUUCUCUGAAUAUCAUUAUAUGGAUGAUGUGUUGUCAGAUCUCAAGCUUACUCCAAAUGAUCUAGAGAUGCCGAUUCCAAGGUAUUUUCUAAGAGAGAGGAAGGAGGCCCUGCAAAAAACUGAGAAGAUGUUGGGACAGAUUCUUGCAAAGAUGGGACCACAAGAGAGAGAGGAAAAAGCAGAGGUCAAGAUGUCAAUGGAGGAAGCUAUACGCUUGAUCCAAAUUCACGAGCGUGCAAGACAAGGCAGACUGCGUGCAAAAUUCAUGCGUGAAAUCCGUUUGCAAGAAGAGCGUGACAGGAAUGCAUCACAGAAGGGAGCGCCAACAAUGGACAGUGAAGUGGCCGCAAUUAAGAUCCAGAAGCUGUGGAAGGGUCUGGCACAGAGGAAACGAGCGCUGAGAGAAAGGGAUGAGGAAUUUAUCUGGCUGGGAAUGACACCCCCUCCACCUGCUGCAAACCCAAAGAACACACCCCAGGCCCUUGCCCUCAAGACGGAGGAGAAACGCCACACAGUCCAGGAAAAGAAUGAGCAGGAGUACCAGCAGGCCCUGGUCCUCAUUAAGGACAAGAUUAAGGAGACGGAGGGCCCUGAUAUCAAGGAAACCAUGCAGGAUCAGAUCAGGCAGUGGUUUAUUGAAUGCAGGGAUGCAACAGGCAAGUUUCCAGAGUAUCCUGAUGAGGAUGAGGGAGGGUCUGCUCUGAUCUUCAAGGAGAAAGACCCUGCAGAGAUUGAGGCAGAGCUCAAAGCCAAGGAGGAAGAGAAAGGUGGAAAAGGAGGGAAAGGAAAAAAGGGGAAGAAGGAUAAGAAAGAGAAGAAAGGAAAGAAGGACAAAAAAGGAAAGAAGGGGAAGAAAGGAAAAGGAGGUGAUGAUGAUGAAGAGGAGGAAGGCUGGAAGAUGGCGCCCUCUAAUUUCGUGCCUGCUGUACACGAGGGACAGGAGACUUACAAGGGCGUGUGGCAGACUAGAGACGAGGCUGAUAACUUCUCUCAGAAACAUGAUGCAGAGUUGAUCAAAGAGGAUAAGAGAAAGGAGGUGGAAGCAGAGAUCAGAGUAUCGGUGGACGAACUUAUGAGACAAGAGCUUAAAAAUCUGAAGGCGGCAGUGGAUAGAGACAAGGGAAAGAAAAAAGGCAAGAAGUCUGGAAAGAAGAAGAAAAAGAAGAAGAAGAGUGGAAAGAAGGGAAAGAAAGGAAAGAAAGAGAAAGAUUUGACUCCAGACAGAACCAUAGAAGAACUGUAUGAGGAGCUGGUGAUGCAGGGCAUUAUAGUCCGUGUCCCUAAGGUCCAGCUGAAGGAGUACGAGGGAGAGUAUAGCUACCUGGGCACUACCCUGAGGCAAGCUAACAUAGAACCCAUGCCGUCCCUCAGUGAUGUCAGGAGGGUGGUCACAGAGUUUGCUAUUUUACCUUUGGGCUCACAGGCAGUCCAUGAAAAAGCACCACUGGUGAAGUCGGUGUUAUUAGCUGGUCCUCGUGGUACGGGCAAACGCAUGCUGGUGAAUUCCAUUUGCGCGGAGACGGGAGCCAACCUGUUUGAUCUUACACCACAGAACCUUGUUGGGAAAUAUCCAGGAAAAGAUGGGCUGAAGAUGUUGAUGCAUUUACUUUUCAAGGUUGGGAGAGCCAUGCAGCCAUCAGUCUUCUACAUUGGGGAAUGUGAGAAAAUGCUCAAGAAGAAAAUACCUAAGACAGAUCCUACUGACCCAAAACGUUUAAAGAAAGAAUUACCCAAAGCUAUGAAGAAUGUAAAGGCAGAGGACCGUCUGCUUCUGGUUGGGACAUCAAGGGCACCAUUUGAGGCAGAAAUUAAACCCUUCUGCACUCUGUACCAGAGAAUCAUCCUCAUCCCUAGACCAGACUAUGCUUCUAGGAAUUUAAUCUGGCGCAGUCAAAUAGUGAAGGCAGGAGGCAUUGUGGGUAAUAAUCUAGACAUAAGUUCGCUGGCUAAGAUUACAGAUGGCUACACGCCAGGUCACAUGGUGACGGCCUGUCAGCAAGUUUUGACGGACAGACGGAUUUCCCAGCUGCAGAAGAAACCUCUGCAGGCUGUGGAAUUCAUUGCACCACUGGCCCGCAUUGAUCCCAUUUAUAAAGAAGAAGAAGAGGCUUUUAAGACCUGGUACGCCAAGACCCCUCUGGGUAAGAAACGUGCCAAGGCGGCACAGGGCGAUGACGAAGAUGCCGGAGGAAAAGGCGGCAAGGGCAAAAAAGGGAAGAAAGGAGGAAAGAAGGGAAAGAAAAAGAAGAAGUAAAAACUUAACUGAAAGAAGGCCAUGAAAUGUCUUUUCGUUUUUGUAUAAAAGGAGUUUUACAGAGGCAUCUUGAGAGAAAAAAUGACCUGAACACUGGGCAGAAUUUAAUGAAUUUUUCAUCAUUCCAUAUCUUGUAUUUGCCACAGUACUGCAGAGACAGUGAAAAAUGAUAAUCAAUCUUUGAUUAAAAAAAAAAAAAACAAUCUUAUCAUGGACACAUUUCUUGUGAAAACAUGAUUGCCUUACAAUCUCAUAAUGAUUUAUUUUUUACUUUUCAUGAAGCACCACUGUUCAAACUAAAAAUGUGUUUCCAAGGUUCAUUACUUUGUGUUGAAUGUAUUUCUUAAUCAUUGUACCAGCAUUUUAUUGAGCUCUGUAUAUACAAUCUUAUUACUGUACAUAAAUGAAUGAAUA